AUCUAGUGCUGCAGGAGCUCCCGCAUCCUCAUACAACCAACAGAUGAUGACAUCAACUAUUAAGGGGCACCACCAGCAACAAGACUUUGUAUCCAGCAACAGAACCAGCAAAGCCACAUCUUCCAAGUACAGCACUGGCGUCGGAGGUAAAGGCCACGCUGGCGGUGCUUCUGCAGCUUACAGCA